AUGCUGGUAAUACGUAGACAUCGAAAUGGCGAAUUUGUGUUCGAGGAGAGGAGACCUCCUCAGAACAAUCUCCUCACGCUCGUCAUCAUGGCCCUAAUGUUUCUAUCCUUUCAGGCCAAUUUGCACCGGCACAUGCAAGCGCAACAAGCUGGCCAUGCAGGGCACGCCUAUCACGAGCGAAACAAGUACGGUGGCGGCCAACAGCGCAAUCUGCAUCCAAAGUUCCAUCACAAACUCGAGCAAGAAGUGCCCAUCAAAGUCAACGGCACCCUCCUCGUUGGCGUGAGAAAGGAAGAUCGCAAACGCUAUCUACCGGAUAAAGAUGCCAAUUUCUUGUGUCUCGAUGGAAAACAGACCGUGAAAUUCGAAAAAGUCAAUGACAACAAUUGCGACUGCGAAGAUGGCAGUGACGAGCCGGGUACUUCAGCGUGUGAUUACCACUUUUACUGCGAGCCAGAACACAGGUAUAUCCGCUCGAAAUUGGUAAACGAUGGGGUGUGUGACUGCUGCGAUGGUUCUGACGAGUGGAAGGGGCUAGAAUUGUCGGAAGAAAACAAGCUUCCGAGACAGGGCGAAAACGUUCGCUUCACUCCCUGUUCUGAUGUGUGUUACGAUUAUGAGCUUCAAGAAUCUGCCAGACUAGAUGUUAUUGCACAAGGAAAAGAGCUAAAGGAAGAAUAUGUAAAAGCUGCUGAGCACUUGGAGAACGUAGAAAAAGCAAACUACGGUCCAAAUGGCGAGUUCUACAAACUCUCCCAAAUCUGCCUGACGUACCGAAGUCCCUCUUAUGUGUACAAACUGUGUCCUUACUCUGAAGCAAGCCAGGACGACGGAAUGAAGGCAAAUCCGCUCACUUUAGGAAAAGGCGGUGUCCUCAACCUUUCUGAUCCAAACUCGCCAAAGCUACUGAUGCCGAACGGAAAGGGAGACGGCUGCCCCAGCGGAAUCUCCAGAUCGGUGGAAGUCAAUUUUGUCUGCGGCGUGGCGGAUGAAAUCUCCUACGUCAGUGAACCCUCUACCUGCCUUUAUCGCUUCGAUCUGACCACUCCAGCCGCAUGCUGA